AUGGGUGAUAAUCGAGGGAGCUCCAAGAAGAGAGUUUUGAGCAUCGAUGGAGGAGGGGUGAGAGGAUUGAUCGCAAGCCAGAUCCUGGAACACCUCGAGCAAUGCCUACAAGAUUUGGAUGGAGAGCAUGCGAGAAUAGCAGAUUAUUUCGAUAUGAUCUCUGGGACAAGCACUGGAGGGAUAAUGUGUUUGAUGCUCGCAGUUCCCGACAGCCAAGGAAGACCCCUGUUCACAGCCAAACAGAUAACUGAUUUUUACCUCAAGAACUCGAGUACCAUCUUUCCUCAGAGCAUAUUUACCGCUGCAAAUGGUCUCUUUGGUCCCAAGUAUGCAGCCCAUCCUAUAGAGAGAAUACUCAAAUCUUAUGUUGGAGAUUUGAGGAUGCGCGAUACACUGGCUAUUGCUGAUGCUUCCAAGAAUGCGUUUCUGAGAGACGUUGCCCGAGGAACAUCCGCCGCUCCAACGUAUUUUUCGCCCGUGGAAUUCGAGACGACCGAAGGAACACGCUUCAAUCUCGUGGAUGGAGGCCUCGCCGCAAAUAAUCCAAGAUUUGAGGAUUUGCUGGUAUUAUCGCUUGGCUGUGGCAACCAAACUGUGAGUUACAGCGCCAAGGAAGCCGCGGGAUGGGGUGCUUUGAGCUGGGUGACGCACCGCAAUGGACCGCCAAUAACGAAUAUGCUCCUCAACGCGAGCUCGGACAUGGUGGACUAUGCAAUCUCGGCGCUCUUUCAGGUCGGAUUGUGCGAGGAAAACUUCUUAAGAAUCCAAACGUCCACUUUGGAGAACGCGACUGGGCAAGUUGACAAUUCAAAGCCAGCCAACCUUGCGGAGCUGGUUAAGAUUGGGAGGCAGCUGAUCAAGGAGCCGGUCAAGCGGGUCAACUUGCACAAUGGCUCUUACGACCUUCGGCCGGGCAUGGAGACCAACGGGGAGGCCAUUCGCAGGGUACAGUUGAGCUUACCCGUUCGAACGUGGGACGUGCAGCCGUGUCUUACAACUGUUACGAUCGGAAAAAUUCCUUCCUAA